AUGGCCGAAGCAAACCCCGCCAAUGACGCUAGCCGUAAGCGGAAGCGCCAGCGCCGUAAGAACCGCAAGAGCAAGCAACUGUCACCGCAGCAGGGCCACUACGCCGAUCCGCUCUCGCCUAUUGCCUCCACGCCCAUGAAGCUCCAGCACGCCAAGUCGACAGAUCACAGCAAGUCCACCAAGUCCAAACACGCGCCACCGUCUGAUGCUCGCAACGAGAACGUGUCCAAGUCCGAAGUGGAGGAAAAGCUCCACUCGCCGCGGAAGUUGCUGGAGGAAUACGAUCAGCAAGACAAGGAUGUGAAGAAACCGAGAGCAAAGAAGGCGCGUACUCUCAACUACGACUCGGCGUCGUCUGAGAAGCAGGGGGAAAGUGCAGACACCAGUGCCAGUGAAGACGCCAACGACGAGCUGUUCUCGCCCGCACUAAGGCCGCCGAGGGCCUCGCGAUCGACUAGCGCGUCUCCACCUAAUGCUCGAGCACGAUUGGAGUCAAAGUUUGCACACAGGAGUGCACAGCCUGACGAAAAACUGGAGGAGGAAGCUACUGAAGAGGAGGAGACGGUGGAUGCAGAGGAGCAGGACGACGAAGACGCCACACCUCUGGAGCAGGAGUUCAACCCAUUCUACUUCAUGAAGACUUUGCCCAAGUAUGAAGAUAUCGUUGAAGGUAAACGACCCAUUUCACUACCAGAGAGGUCACACAAUGCGCCCAAAAUCUGCCUAGUUUUGGAUUUAGACGAGACUCUCGUGCAUUGUAGCGUAGACGAAGUGAAAAACCCGCACAUGCAGUUCCCGGUCACUUUUAACGGCGUAGAGUACAUCGUCAACGUGAAGAAGCGCCCGCAUAUGGAGUAUUUUCUCAAGCGCGUGUCGAAGCUCUUCGAAAUUGUGGUCUUCACCGCAUCCCACAAGGUGUACGCUGAAAAGCUGACGAACAUGCUGGACCCGCACCGCAACCUCAUCAAGUACCGAUUGUACCGAGACGAUUGUCUUGACGUCUUUGGUAACUAUCUAAAGGAUCUCAAUGUCCUUGGGCGCGAUCUAUCGAAGGUCGUGCUGGUAGACAACUCGCCGCACGCAUUCGGAUACCAAGUGAACAACGGCAUUCCCAUUGAGACAUGGUACGAUGACGCGGCGGACGCUGAGCUGCUGAACCUGCUACCAUUUCUAGAAAGCCUCGUAGACGUUGACGAUGUGCGGCCGAUCGUGGAGAAGCAGUUCCAGAUCCAAAAGCUUAUCGAUGCCACACCCGACGAGGUCGUCUAGAUCGUCAACUACAGUGCGAAGGAUGGCUAGGUAGUGCAUCAACGCGUUCAUGUAUUAGUUAUGCAGAUCUGUCAUUGGUCAAAAAAGCGUUGAAAUUUA